AUGGCACUGCUGAAAGUCAAAUUCAAUCAGAAGAAACGGGUAAAACUAGCGCAGGGACUAUGGCUCAUGAACUGGUUUUCAGUGUUUGCUGGAAUCCUUGUUUUUAGCAUGGGAUUGUUCCUCAAAAUCGAGCUCCGGAAGCGAAGCGAAGUGAUGGACAAUUCUGAAAGCCACUUUGUGCCCAAUUCUUUGAUAUUGAUGGGUAUAUUAUCCUGCGCCUUCAAUGGUUUUGCUGGAAAAAUUUGUUACGAUUCUCUGGAUCCCGCUAAAUUUGCCAAGUGGAAGCCUUUGCUGAAACCUUACCUGGCACUGUGCUGCGUCUUUAACAUGCUCCUGUUCUUCGUGGCUCUGAUUUGCUUUCUCAUGCGGGGCUCCCUGGACAGCACCCUGGCCCAGGGGCUCAAGAACGGCAUGAAGUUCUACCGGGACACGGACACCCCCGGAAGGUGCUUCAUGAAGAAGACCAUCGACAUGCUCCAGAUUGAGUUCAAGUGCUGUGGCAACAACGGCUACAAGGAUUGGUUCGAAAUCCAGUGGAUCAGCAACAGAUAUCUGGACUUCAGCUCCAAAGAAGUGAAAGACCGGAUCAAAAGCAACGUGGACGGGAGGUACCUGGUGGACGGCGUGCCCUUCAGCUGCUGCAACCCCAGCUCCCCCAGGCCCUGCAUCCAGUACCAGGUCACCAACAACUCUGCCCACUACAGCUACGACUACCAAACCGAGGAGCUCAACCUGUGGCGCCGCGGCUGCCGGGAAGCGCUGCUCAACUACUACAGCAGCAUGAUGAGCUCCAUGGGCGCCGUCAUCCUCCUCGUCUGGCUCUUCGAGAUGUCGGUGAUGGUUGGCCUGCGCCUGCUGCACACCUCCCUGGAAAGCAUUGCCAAUCCCGAAGACCCCGAAUGCGAGAGCGAAGGGUGGGUCCUGGAGAACAGCCUGAAGGACACUUUCAAAUCCGCGCUGGAGAACUUGAAAAAGCUGGGUAAGUUCAACCAGGUGGAAGCAGGAGCCGAAGGGGCCGAAGGAGAGGAAGGCGGGAAGACGCCAGCCAUCGCAACAGUCAGCUGAGCUGCUCACUGAGCUGGACUUCUUCUCAGAGAAAAAUAACACAAACUGAGAAUUGUGAAUAUAUCUACAUUUUAAAAGCUAUGUAUCAACCAGCAGAAUACACAUUUCUACACACGUUUGCUUUUGUACAUGGGAGCAGACAACAUAGUGCACCUUGGGAUAAAACACUUAUCCACAAAGUGAGUACACCAUAUCCAUAUCCUUUUGGGAAUAUGACCCCAACUAGGACUUGUAAUAUUCACAUGUUCCCUUAUCAGAGACAGUUAGUUUAGGAAAAAAAAAAUUUAAAAAAAAAGAUUGCUGGCAUGACACAGCAAUCCAUUCCAUCUUAUUUUGAAAUUAAAAGUGGAAUUUGAAAAGUUAAUAUUUUUUGCUCAAAUUUUUUCAUAAGCGUACUUUCUGUACUUCAGCUUUUAAGGACAAACAGAUUGGGUUUCUGGAGAGUAACAUGAUAGAAUUCCAAGAAAGAAGGAUUUCCAGAAUUGUACAUAACUUAGUAUACAGGUAUUUUG